GCGCGUCGCACCUACGCACGCAACGAAAAGUUUGAUAGAUUCAGCGGCAGCAGCGCGUUCAGUGGUUGUUGUUGUUGGAAACGGUGGAAACACACCCACACAAACACAGACACACACCCGCAUCCCAUUCAAACACACCCAUACAUUGAGAAACACACGCGGCCAGCAAACACAAUUUUCCGCUGGCCAAGGAAAAAACCGAGGAAGGACAAGCAAACAAAGUGAUAAAGACAAAGUGUUCAUGAUAAAAUGCAAAAACAAAUAUAUUCUUAAAUAUACAAACGCUAAAGGUACUAAAUAAUUUAAAGAUCAACUGGAAAUCCGAGCAAUGUCACGGCACCUGCCCCGAAACAAGGAUGUCCCCUCUAAGAUGCGCACAAUUAGCUUAAACUGACGGCAGGACAACAGCAGCUGUGGAAACAGGAGCGUGGGAAUGGAUAUGGGCAUGGAAAGGACGAAGACCUGCUGCAGCAGCUAGAACAGCUAGAAUUUACAAGCAAAAGGAUAAUCACAAACACCAAGCAGCGAACCACAAACAAAACCAAACAAAAGACACCAACCGACAAAACUGAAAUACUACAGAGAACUCUAAACGAAAUAUUUUAAAAAUACUUAAAUGUAGCACAACAGAAGCCUUACAAAACAACAAAACAAUUUGUGCUGUGCUUUAAUUAUAGUCAGAACUUAAAAACCAUAAACCCCAACAAGAACAGCCCCAAACUAUAAAGAAAAGAUAUCUAGAAAUCGCGUAAUUAUUAAAUAUUAAAUAAUAAUAAUCAUUAUUCUUCCAUUUGAGAGUUUGAAAUGUGUACAUUUUUAAAUCCAUAUUUAAACUAAUAGAAAAUUAUUAAUACUUAAAAUAUAUAUACAGAGCAAAUAACUUGUAAUCGUUCGAUAAACAAUUCAUUAGCGUUGUGAAAUUAAUUAAAAUCGAGAAGAAAACACGGUUAACGAUCCUCUAACUUGAAACCAAUUGUACGCAAUUAGUAGAUUUUAAACCUAAAGAUUUUAAUCCAAAUUUUAAAAACGAGCUUCAAACCUACUACAUACGCUAGGCCGCGGCACACCGAACGUUAUCCUUAACCUUAACCACGGCUGCAGGAGUGUGUUUAUACAAUCAAGUCGCCCUCACGGCGUCGCCAAAAACCCUUGGCUCAGCGCCAGCAAGUAGGCAGCACAAAAUUUAUACAAAUUUGGCGCCAGCAGGAGAAAUAGAAAGGAGAACACAAAAAAUACAAGCAGAAUAAAAAAGUGAAAGCAGCGCCAAGGACUCCGACGACCUUCGCGUGUGCAAGCGUCGUUGCACAAUAAAGGACGCCACUCACACACACCUGGAAAAAACCCACACUAGCACGCAGAGACACACUACAACACACCGACACACCAGGCACACACACACACACCGACACAGGACUAUUGCAUGGGCGGCCGCCAUGACCGGAAGUGAAGUACGGUCACGUCCACGUCCACUGGCCUUUGCAUAACAAUCAGCCCGCGAAGGAGCCGUGAAAAAGGAGGAAAGGACGACAGGGAUCCGCCGCGUCACAAGUCGGAGAAGGACAAUAGCAAGCACUUGCCCAGGAGCGCCACUUUCACCUGCUGCGGGCCGCAAAAAUGCAGGAAAUGAGCUACCUACAGGAUAAUUCCAAGCUGGAGGCCCUCACCAAGGCGGUGCUCAUCUCCAUACUGGGCGUGGCCAUAGUCCUGUCCAAUCUCCUCAUCAUCGCCACAUAUGCCAACUUCAAGGGUCCCACAGAGGUGAUAAACUAUUACCUACUAUCCCUGGCCAUAGCCGAUCUUCUGUGCGGCCUGCUGGUUGUGCCCUUCUCCGUGUACCCCGCCCUCACCGGAGAAUGGAUGUACGGCGACAUAGUGUGCCGCUUUACGGGAUAUCUGGAGGUGACACUGUGGGCGGUGUCCGUGUACACCUUCAUGUGGAUAUCGGUGGAUCGGUAUCUGGCAGUGAGGAAGCCACUGCGCUAUGAAACAGUGCAGACAAAGACACGCUGCCAAUGCUGGAUGGUGUUCACCUGGAUAUCCGCCGCCCUGCUGUGCUGCCCUCCCAUCCUGGGAUACUCGAAGCCGAUCGAGAACAAUCUAACCCACAUCUGCAUGCUAGACUGGGGGAACAUGGCGGCUUAUAGCGCCACUUUGGCGAUUUUAGUGUUAGGUCCCAGCCUCAUUUCGAUCGUACACAACUACGGCUACAUCUUUGUUAUGAUGCGUAAGAUUAGGUCCGGCGAGCCAAUACACGAUAAAGAAUAUGCAACUGCUCUGGCUGAAAAUUUAUCGAACCCUAGUCAUAUGAUGUCAUUCGCAUUAGUCUUUGCAUUCUGGGUGUCCUGGCUGCCAUGGAUCUCGUUGCGUCUGUAUGAGGUGGUCACGGGCGACGUUAUACAAAGUACUCUUAUCAAUUUCGCCGUCGUCUGGAUCGGCAUAUUGAAUUCGUUUUGGAAAAUUCUAAUCAUGACCAGUAUGUCGCCGCAAUUCCGUAUCGCUUUGAGAGUAUUUUGCUUAACAAUUUGCUGUAAGACUAAGGGCCGUUUGCAAGCAGAGCUAAUCGGGUUGGACCCAGAUGACUAGAGUUAGAUUUAGAUUUUCACUCUCCCUUAAAAAUAUAUAUCCUAUCCGUAUCCUCCAACCGCUAAAACCGAAAACCGAAAUCCUCUAUCCAAAAAUCCAAUUAAUUAAAAAAAUCCUGCAAGUAAAAAUUGGUUGUAAUCGCAUUGAGCCAUCUCUUGAACUCUCUCUCUCUUAACUAAACACUUACUUGCCUGUUGCCAUAUAGUUGCAUAUUUACGGCCCGUUUGGCACUACGCGGCAUGCCAAUGAAAGCACCACCACAAAUACGUAUACAACCACCCA